UUUUUUUUUAGCUUCUUAUGCUGCUAUAGUGACAGUUAUCCUAUGGAUUGUUAGUUUUUUAGUACCUUACCUAUUUGUAAUUCCACGAAAUCCGGAUCCUUUUAUUUCAGUACCUUUUAAUACUAAACUUUUAAUUUGUCUUUUACCAAAUAUGGCAUUAUUCUUUGUAUGUAGUGCAUUAGCACAGUUUGAAAGUAUGAAGGGUGGUACUUAUUGGAAAGAAGUUUUGGAAUCGCCAAUACUUCAUGGAGAUGAUUUUAGUAUAGGACACAUAUUUGGAAUGAUUGUUGUCUCAAUUCUUAUUUAUAGUGUAUUAAUUUGGUAUUUGGAUUCUGUUUGGCCAUGGAAACCAGGUGUACCGAAACCAUUUUAUUUUUGUUUUAUUCCCUCUUAUUGGUCAAACUGUUUUAAGAAAAUUAACAAAUAUUCAGAAAUAGAAAACAUUUCAUCACCUUACUUUGAAAGAGAACAACCAGGAUCAAAACCUACUGUUAUUAUUUCUCAUCUAACAAAGAAAUUUAGAACUGGACGGAAAUUCAAGACAGCAGUUAAAGAUAUAUCACUAAAUUUACAUUGUGAUCAAAUAACAAUACUUUUAGGUCCCAAUGGAGCUGGUAAAACCACAAUUAUGAAUAUUUUGACAGGGAUAUUUAAACCUACCUCUGGAACAGUCUUAAUUAAUGGGAAAAGUAUUGUAACAGAAACAUCAGAAGCUCGAAAAAAUCUUGGACUUUGUCCUCAGUUUAAUAUAUUUUGCAGCUCUCUCAAUGUAGAAGAAAAUUUGAAAUUUUUUGCAGGUCAUAGGAGGGGGAAAAGUAGUCUGGCCCAAAAACAGAAUGAUUUUCAUGAUUAUGGACAAGAUGCAAGCAAGUACAUAGGCAGGAAUUUUUGCUUUGAAUUUCAAUAUUUUGUGAAGGAAGAGACUGGGAUAUUUAAACCUACCUCUGGAACAGUCUUAAUUAAUGGGAAAAGUAUUGUAACAGAAACAUCAGAAGCUCGAAAAAAUCUUGGACUUUGUCCUCAGUUUAAUAUAUUUUGCAGCUCUCUCAAUGUAGAAGAAAAUUUGAAAUUUUUUGCAGGUCUUAGGAAUACAACAGAUGUAAAAUCAAAUAUAAAUGAAAUAUUAGAUCUUCUUCAGUUGCAAGAAGUGAGAAAUGUUACAAUAGAAAAUCUGUCGGAUGGAAUGAAGCGUAAAUUAUCUAUUGCUAUUGCAGUUGUUGGAGGUUCAAAGUUAUUAGUAUUAGACGAACCAACUUCUGGAAUGGAUCCACAGUCUAGACGUGUAGUUUGGGAUGCACUUUUGAAGUUGCGUAAAGGACGUACCAUACUUUUAACUACUCAUCAUAUGGAAGAAGCCGAUGCACUUGGUGAUCGCAUAGCAAUUAUGACAGAAGGAUCUGUUAAAUGUUUUGGAUCCUCUGUAUUUUUAAAGAAAAAAUUUGGAACUGGCUAUCAUCUUCAUGUUACAAAAUCUGAUAUUUGUCAGAUUGAUGAGAUUACUAAAAGAAUUAAAAUUCAUAUACCAGAGGCAAAUAUGGUCAGCAAUUUUGAUCAGGAAUUGAUUUAUUCUCUCUCUUUCUCGUCGGAAAAUUUUCCCGAGUUAUUCAAGUCUUUGGAAAAUUCAUAUUCUGAAUUAGGAAUUACAUCAUGUGGGAUUACUGUAACAACUAUGGAAGAUAUAUUUCUUAAUGUUCAAAAGCUAGAAGAUAAUGCUCUGAAUACAUUCAGUUGCUAUGAAAAUGAAUACACAUCUGAAUAUCAAGAUGAAAACAUAAAUCUGAUGUGUUCUUCCAAAUUAUCCGGAAUGAAAUUAAUAUUGCAACAAUUAAAAAGUCUUUUGAUUAAAAGAUUUCAUUAUACAAGACAUAAUUAUUUUCUUUUGCUAUUUCAAAUGCUUUUGCCAUUUUGUUUAAUUAUUGCUCUAGUUUUGAUAAAUAAUGAGUUUCUUACUAAAGUUUCAGAAAAUGCAAUUGUCUUAGAUUUGAAAACUCUUUUUGGUGAUGUAGAUGCAUUUUAUACUAAGGAUUCAGAAAAUGCAAUAAUGGAUGUAUUAUCAAACAGUUAUGAAAAAAGACUUAAAAGUGAAACUGCAAAUAUUAUGCAAGCAAAAAAUACUACAGAAUAUCUUUUCCAAAGAGCAGAAGAUCUUGAACAUUACAUGAAAAAAGAUCUUGUAGGUGCAAGUUUUUCAGGAAACGAUUCAGAAAUUACUAUUACUUCUUGGUUUAAUGGAAUAAAUUAUCAUUUGGAACCAAUUUCAUUUAAUUUAUUAACGUCAUCUCUUUUGAGAUUUGUUACAGAGGAUGAUAAAUCAAAUAUAGAAAUUAUAAAUCAUCCAUUUAAUUUUCAAACAGAUUUAGAAACGUAUAUAAAAAAUGAUUUUAAAUCUAAAUUGAGUUCCCAAUUUUUAGUUAGUUUGGCAUUGACAUUUUUAUCAUCAGCUUUUGUGAUAUUUCCUCAUCAUGAACGAGUUUCAAAAGCUAAAUUGUUGCAAAAGAUAUGUGGUAUCAAUGGCUUUAUUUAUUGGAUGAUGAAUUUUGUUUGGGAUAUGACUGUUUUUAUAGUUUCCAGUUUUUUAUUAUUGUUGCCAUUGAUUAUUUGCAGCAGUCUACAAUCGAUUAUAGAUGUAAAUAGUGAAGCAAUUGGUAUGUAUAUAAAAUUUGUAAAAUUGGCACCUGAAUCUGAAACUUCAGAUCAGAAUAUAAUUCUAAAUGAUUAUUUUGAUCUUGCAUUAUUCUUUCCUUUUAUAUUUUUUUAUUUUAUCUUUGAAGGAACAUUAUUAACUGCUGUGUCCUCUAUGUUUGUUUGGAGAAGUGAUUAUGCUCCUGAAUCAAGAAAAACAUUAUAUAAAAUAUGUAAAAUAUUUCCUGGUUUCUCAUCAACUUUAAUUUUAUCUGAUAUUCAUGAAACAAUAGUCAAUAAUUUCUUAUGUGAAAGUUUUGAAGAAGGUUAUAAAAUCUGUGAUAAAAUGAACAGAACAGAAUAUACUCCUUGUUGCCCAUCCAAAAUUUGUCUUGCUGAUUGUUUGACACGAACUGUUGAUUGGGAUAAGGCAUUACCAGAAUUUAUUUUGCCUUUGUUUAUUGAUGGAGCCGUAUUUUUCAUAAUACUAAUUUUGAUAGAAACAACUUUAUCUAAAUUAUUAAAUAAAUGUACUGAAAUAUUUACUGUUAUGAAGAAAUUAAAACAAAAAAAAAGUAAUAACAUUUCUCUUGAUAUGGACAUUGACAUAUUAAAUGAGGAAUCUCGAGUGAAAGCACUUUAUUUGGAGCACAAAAUUAAUAAUGAAGUCUUAAUAGUAAAAGAUUUAACAAAAACUUAUUUCGGAUCUGGUUGCGCUGUCAAAGAAUUAACAUUUUCUGUACAUAAAAAGGAAUGCUUUGGUUUGCUUGGAGUAAAUGGAGCUGGAAAAACAACUGUAUUUCGUAUGCUGGUUGGUGAUCUGAUACCCAAUUUUGGUGAUUCAUAUAACAACAGAGGUGGUCUUCAAAACAACAAAAAUAAGUACCUAUCAGACAUUGGUUAUUGUCCACAAUUUGAUGCUCUCAUUGAUCACUUAACAGGAAGAGAAACAUUGACAUUGUUUGCUAAUUUAAGAGGUGUUCCAUCACAGGAUAUUGAUUACAUUGUCAAUAAAAUUUUAAAGUUUUGUGAUCUUGUAAAAUAUGCUAACAGGACUACUGAAACUUACAGUGGUGGAACACGACGUAAAUUAUCCAUUGCAAUAGCUUUAAUUGGUCUACCAGAAAUACUUAUUCUUGACCAACCGACAACUGGAAUCGAUCCAAAAUCUCGUCGUAAGAUAUGGAAAAUAUUAAUAACAAUUAAGAAUUUACUGGGGAAAUCAUUGUUGAUCACAUCUCAUAACAUGAAUGAAUGCGAAGUCCUAUGUGACAGAGUAGCAAUUAUGACUAAAGGAAAAUUUCAUUGUUUGGGUACAAUACAAGAUCUUAGAAAUAAAUUUGGUCAAGGCUAUACGCUUGUUGUCAAAAUGAAACAGACUGAUGAAGAAAACCAGAUUACUGAAUUAAAGAAGUUUAUUGAAACUGCUUUUCCUACUAUUGUAUUGAAAGAUGCACAUCAGGAUACUCUUCAAUAUCAUUUAUCAGACGUGUCUAUGAAAUUGAGUAGAAUAUUCUCUUUUAUGGAAGAAGUAAAACAAAAAUUUACUUUAGAAGAUUAUCUCAUUAGCGAUACUACAUUAGAACAGAUUUUCGUAGCAUUUGCCAGAUCGACUUAGAUGAUAUCGACCUUACAAGUAUUUUUUAAUAAUGUAUUCUAUCAUUAUUUAUUUAAAUGGUAACUUAAAAUUAA